AUGAUGCUUCGCCUUUCCAAGCGAUCAGGCUUAUGUCCACGGUGUCUGAUGAUUGAGAAUGUGGAGAAGCUCGGAAACUUCCCCGUUGGUGGUGGUACUUUUGGGGACGUGUGGAGAGGGAAAAUAGGAAAGCGGACCUUCGUGUGUUUGAAGGUUGUGAAGAUAUACCAUGAUUCUGAUGUGCAAAAGCUUUUGAAUGAAUACAUGCGAGAAGCAAUUGUCUGGCAACAGCUCGAACAUCCCAAUCUCUUACCCUUCAUAGGAGUGUAUUUUAUGGGCAAGAAUCUAGAGCAAAUAUGUCUGGUCUCCCCGUGGAUGGAACGGGGGAAUCUCGCAUGUUACUUAAAAGAUACCUCCAGAGAUCAUGUUGAUCAUUAUUCAUUGGUAUCUGUCAAUUGUUCCAAUCAACUCUGCCGUAUUAGCCACGAAAUUUCCGUGUUCCAGGUGCACGACAUUGCUUCUGGUCUAUUAUAUCUUCACAACAAGAAAAUCGCACACGGUGAUCUGAAAGCUCUCAAUAUCUUGAUCACCCCGGAUGGAAGAGCAUGUAUCGGAGAUUUUGGUUUAUCUCGGGUAAUCGACACCUAUGCACUCAGCGUGCCAACUUCCUCGAUGGUAACGCAGUCUAAAGGAACAACAAGUUAUCUCUCACCAGAACUCCUAUGGUCAGACCCACCCUGCACCUCCUCAAGGUCCAGUGAUAUCUAUGCUUUUGCUUGUGUGAGUUAUGAGGUUUUUACUGGAACCGUACCUUUCCAUGGGUUCAAUGAUGGUCAAAUCAUUGUCGCUGUAGUGUUCGAGAAGAAACACCCACUUCGCCCCGACUCAGACUCGACUUCGUUGAACGACAGGAUGUGGAAUAUCAUGGUGGACUGCUGGAAUACUGACCCUGAUCUACGACCGCUCACUUCUGAAGUGUUCGCACGUGUUGAUGACCUCAAGGGCCCGAAGGCAGAUAGCAACACCAAGCCCGGUUUCAAUCUCACUGAGAUCCGGAAGAAUGUGAAAUAUCCUCUCUUUGACGCAGCGGCACUUACACGACUGCAAACGACCAUCAUGCCCACUCCCAACCUUCAAUCCGAGUCGACAGUGGGAGGUGAAAAGGACAACGUCCAGGGUGCCUGUACGAGCUCAGGAUGA